AUGACGACGCCUGCAAUUCGAAUCCCCUUCACGGGCCCAUUACCUCCAGCCAUUAUCGUCCCCCAAUCCGCCAGGAGCAUUGCGGGGGCGAUCGACGCCGUCAGCGCCUUCUUCACAGCGCCACCAUCCCUCCAUCUCCGGGGCAUCGACGUCGGUAGGAAUACCCAGACCGUCCUCCUGACCGGUGCAGGUAUCUCCGUCGCAUCAGGUCUGUCCGACUACCGCGGCGACCAGGGCACCUAUCGCCGAAACAAGUCCUACCGGCCUAUCUAUUUCCACGAAUUCACGACCCGUCAUGAGUCGCGCAAGCGAUACUGGGCGCGCAGUUUUGUCGGGUGGCCGGGGCUCGUGAAAGCGACGCCCAAUUCUACACAUUGGGCGAUUCGUGAUCUCGGGGCGAAGGGGUAUAUCAGUUCUGUUGUGACGCAGAAUGUGGACUCUUUUCAUUCCCUGGCUCAUCCGGAACUGUCUACGCUGGAACUACAUGGGUAUUUGCGGUCUGUGGUCUGUACGAGCUGUCGCAAUCGGUUCUCGAGGCAGGAGUUUCAGAAUUCAUUGGAGAGGUUGAACCCGGCGUGGGCGGAAUUUUUGGCUCGCAUGGUUGACGCUGGUGCUCUUGAUACUGAUAAUCCAGAAGAGCAACGAAGGAAGGGAUUGAAACUUAAUCCUGAUGGUGAUGUCGACCUUGCCGAAGCUCCAUACUCGACCUUUCGAUAUCCAUCAUGUUCAACUUGUUUGGAGAAACCUCCUAUUUUGAAAGACGGUAGACGGGGGUAUGUCGAGGUCGAACCCGAUGGAGCAUGGCUGCCAACCUCGACUGCUGGUAUUCUGAAGCCAGCGGUGACCAUGUUUGGUGAGAAUAUUGAUCCAGCGGUUAAGAUUGCGGCGGAUGAGGCCAUUGACGAUGCCGGGCGCUUGCUGGUGCUGGGCAGUAGUCUGGCCACCUACUCCGCCUGGCGGCUCGUAGAACGAGCAUAUAAACGAGGCAUGCCUAUCGGUAUUAUCAAUGUUGGGGGCGUGCGCAAUGAAGCCAUGCUCUUUGGCCAAGUGGGCUCGGGCCUUGAAGGGAGCAACUUUGGUACUCAUGUUCGCUGCAGCCAUCCCGCCCAGGCCAUUCUCCCGACCGUGGUCUCGGGCCUAUCCAUGAAUCAUUUGUAA